UCGUUCCACGUGCCAUUGAAUUCAGUUCAGCUCUUCGUUGUGAUUUAAAACAGUGUUAUCAAAGAAAAUUCUGAAAAAAUGCGUUUCCCAUUGAAAGUUGUUUUAUCGGCUGUUUUGGCCAAAAAUAUCGUUGCCGAAUUAGUCCCUUCAUCGGCACAACAAAAAUUUUCAAACGAAGUGGAUUUCAAAUAUCCACAAGAUUUUCAGAAACAACAACUCGAACGACAACAAGCUUUCGAACAACAACAAGCUUACCAAGAACAAGACUUUCAACAGCAACAACAAAAUUUUGAUCAACAACAAGCUUACCAGCAACAACAAGAUUUCGACCAACAAGAAGAAGGCUUCGAGCAACAACCAGAACAAGAUCCAACAUUGGGUCAACAAGAAUUUCAACAACGUUCAUACGAUCCAGUAAGUGUCCCAGACUACGUUCAAAAUAUGGCAAAAAAUGCUGGACAAGAUUUAAUUAAUAAUCAAUCAGCCGAAGAUGUGUCAUUUGAUCCAUACAGUGGUCAAUCAAGCCAGUAUGAAGCUGCAUAUGGUCCAUCUGCUUACAAUCAAGGUGGUUUUUACCUUCCAAAUGCUUUUAAUUCACCUGGUUCAUACAAUAUACAAACUGGUUAUCAUGGAUAUUUGGUGCCAUUUCCACCAAAAGAACCAGUUGAUGAGCCAAAAGCUACUCCGUUCAGUUCAUUUACGUCACUUUCGCGCAGCGUACCGGACAUGAUGCGUCAGGCGGGCACAACUUUGGCUAGAGCAAUUAGUUAUCUAUUCAGUUGGUUCGGUUUCACCGUAUUCGGUGGUGCUGCUACGACAGCCAUUUGCACCUUUACACCAUUGUGUUCAAUUACAUUCCCGCUAGUCAAAAGUGUUGGAUAUGGGGCAAUCAAAAGUCUUGGAUUGGAAGACGCAAUGACAGAUUCAUGGGUAAAUUUGAUGAAAGGUACCAUAAAAUAUACCGGAAUCGAGAAAAAAUUGUUGAAAUCAAUGUCAACAGAAGAAAAAUCAACAGUCGAUCAAAGUGGCAAGUCAGCACCCGAACCAAGCACUAAAUCAAUGCUCGAUAAAAAUGAUAAACCAAAACAAUUUGAAAAAACUAAAUUAAAAGAAGUAGAAACUGUUAAAGCAGAUAGUGUUUCAGAUACUACUAGAAUUGCUGAUACGGAAACCACGAAUAAUGCUACCGAUGACAAAAAGUUCGAACCAUCACCAUCGCAGAAAAGUGACGAGAAAUCCGUCACCAAGUAAACUAUUACAUCGUGAACAUACAAGCAGCUACUCUUCACAACAUUUUUAAUAUUCUUAAGUUUCCUUUUUUUUUUUAAAUUAAAUUCGUAUUUCAUAUCUAUUUAUUUACCAUAACAUAAUUAUCAUUUGA